AUGUCUGUAUUGGAUAUGUCCUUCACCACAAUGGUUUUACCGAAGUUGUUGGACAUUUGCCUAACUGGGAACAAUGUCAUCUCCUACAAUGGUUGUAUCACCCAGUUGUUCUUUUUUGUGGUGUUCAUUGUGACAGAAUAUUUUAUCCUGGCUGCCAUGGCCUAUGAUCGCUAUGUGGCCAUAUGUCAUCCUUUACAUUAUCCCAAUUUUAUGAGUCUUAUAGUCUGUUUUUGGAUGUCAUUGACAUCUUGGGGUAUAGGACUCCUCGAGGGAUUUCUUUAUGUCUUUCUAAUUUCAUUUUGUACAUUUUGUGGGUCAAACAAAGUAGAUCACCUGUUUUGUGAUCUGAAGCCUCUUAUGAGGCUUUCUUGCAGCAACACACGUACUAUAGAAACAAUAAUACUUGGACUUGGCACCAUCAUUGGUUUUGGUCCUUCAGUCAUGACCUUGGUGUCCUACAUGUAUAUUAUCUCCACAAUCUUGAAGAUUCACUCUAAGGAAGGAAGACACAAAACCUUCUCCACCUGCUCCUCACAUCUCACAGUCAUCCUCUUGUUUUAUGGAACAGUGCUCGGCAUGUACAUGAGGCCAAAGUCCAGCUAUUCCAUGAAGCAGGACAAGGUGUUUGCCAUUUUGUAUGCAGGGGUCAUUCCGAUGCUCAAUCCUCUGGUUUACAGCUUAAAAAACCAGGAGGUGAAGGAAGCUCUGAGCAAAAUCAAGACAUUUUAUAUAAAUAAAGGAUAA